AUGUGUUUAAGGCUGUUGUCCAACGAUGUCUCGAAUGACGAGAAAGACAUCUUCAGUGUCUGCGUCAACGCCGCCGCUCACAAAUUCCUAAUGACCGUUCUCAUGAUUGGGGAGCACGAUGACGAGCUCACCGACCAUCUGCGACUUCGGGCUGUCGAAUAUAAACGUGCCGCACAGGCAGCGUUAGAGCGCAUUCGACUCACGAUUACUCCUUCCUUCUCACUUCUCCAGGCCCUUCUUUGCGGGGUUUUCCUCCAUCAAGGCUCUGGCAACACCCACUUUUGCUAUGAACUGACUCGGACUGCUUGUCGGAUAGCCACUGACCUAGGAUUCGAUAAGGCGAGUCCUGACUCGGAGCGGAAACCUAGGACAGAGGAGGAAGUCUUCUGCGCUCUUUGGUGUUAUAUGCUGGAUAAGAAUUACGCGUGGAAGUUCGAACCUUCGCGAACCUUCUUCGAGAUCGAGCCCGGGAUGCUUGACGAUUAUGUUCACGACACAACCGCCGAUCUUCUCGCAAUCUAUAUUGCCAUGGCCCGAGUACAGGAUGACACAUUAUUAUUACUCAAGAACAUCCUGUCGAGCGCCUUACAUUCAGUGCAACUUGCUCCGCGCUGUUCCAUAUCUGCGUCUUCGGCGCAAUGCUGGAUGGGCCUUGAUGCUGAGAACGAGAUUGCUGCCAUUCGCUUCGCGCACCACUCCAUCCGAACCACGAUUCUCUAUCUCUCUGACCAAAUUCAAGGGCGGGCCUUUGGGUCGGGAGACUUGCUCCUCCAAUCUGCUCGUCAAGAGCUAUCGUCACUAUUGUCUAUAUGUCUAAUCAACGAGAAAGACCGUGCCAUCGGCUUCCUCCAUUGGACAUUGACCUUUUACCCCUUGACCGCGUGUUUCGUCCUGUUCUGCAACGCCGUGACGACGUCAAAUCUGGGAGAUAUAAACCUUCUCAAGACUGUGGCGACGGUUCUUUUGCCCAGUAUCUCGAGUAGUCAUCACGUCACGGUCAUACAACGUCUCUUUGAGGAAUUCAUUGCCCUCUCGCAGUCGCUUUUCUCUGACAUGGAGAGCCGCGGGGGCAAUGCGGGUGAACUCGGGGACACCUCUACGCUUACCCAGGUGCGAGCUUUGCAGCCUCACAACCACACCUUUCAUGCGGGCGACUCUGUCUCCACCGCUCCUCAUCCUGGGACACUCGUUUGGGCCGACACAACGACCAAUUCCCUUCCGUCCGAUCUGUCUGAAACAUGGACCCCCAACGAGAGGGAGAGUUACUCUGCCUUUAUGGACCCGUUGAUCACAAUUCCCUUGGAUUUCGAACUCCCGGCCGAGUUCGCUGAUUUCAUGCCCGUGACUUCUGCUCAGUGA